AUGUCCAAAAUGGGCCCCGCUCGGGCACAAGCAUCGGACUCGGACUCGGACUUGAACGCGUUUUUGCUUUUUCUUCUUCUUUCUUCCCCCCCCCCCUCAUCCGAGUUCUGGUCAACUGGAAACUCUGUGUUUGGUGGAUGGGUGGGUGACCGCUCAGGUACUCUUAAAAUCGGUCUGAUUUUUCUCUUGGGACACCUAUCUGGAUUUUCCCGUGUGCGUGAGGUCUCUCUCUCUCUCUCUCUCUUAUCAAGCUCGUAUUUCGAACUCUACAGUAACGUAUUACCCUUGUGGAAGCAAGGAUUGAAUGAUACCAGAUGUUCGCAGUGGUUCUUCUUUGGACCUUCUGGACCCUUGACUCGGCUGCACUCUGGAGCAUUUUCCGAUCCCGGUACGACCGGCUUUUGGAAUGGGAUGCUGCGAUCGCGACACCCCAUUGAGCUUUUGCAGAGUCGAUUGACGGACAUCCAUCAGGGCCUUCGCUGUGAGGAUCCAGGAUCGUCCGACAGGGCGAAACGAUCUGCGCAACACAUGCUGUGGGCAGGCUAG